AUGCCGAACUGGGGCGGAGGAGCCAAGUGUGGGGCCUGUGAAAAGACAGUGUACCAUGCUGAGGAAAUCCAGUGCAAUGGAAGGAGCUUCCACAAGUCAUGCUUCCUCUGCAUGGCUUGCAGGAAGGCUCUGGACAGCACUACAGUAGCAGCUCACGAAUCUGAAAUCUACUGCAAAACCUGUUAUGGGAGAAAAUACGGCCCCAAAGGGGUUGGCUUUGGCCAAGGGGCUGGAUGCCUCAGCACUGACACCGGAGACCACCUGGGCCUGAACCUGCAGCAGGGGUCACCAAAGCCUGCUCGCCCCUCAACACCAACUAAUGCUUCAAAGUUUGCCAAAAAGAUGGUAGAUGUGGAUAAAUGUCCCCGUUGUGGCAAAUCAGUGUAUGCUGCAGAGAAGAUCAUGGGAGGAGGAAAACCUUGGCACAAGACCUGCUUCCGCUGCGCCAUUUGUGGGAAGAGUUUAGAAUCCACGAACGUCACAGACAAGGAUGGAGAGCUCUACUGUAAAGUUUGCUAUGCGAAAAACUUCGGUCCCAAAGGAAUUGGGUUUGGUGGCCUCACUCAAGUGGAAAAGAAAGAGUGUGAAUGA